AUGCGAAUUGACAAAGAAUUCAAAUCAAGACAAGGCAGAUCACAAUACAUUAUUAGGUUGACUAACUUUUCAGACAGUCGCACAUUCACUGGAUCAAAUAGGCUGUCACAUCAGAAACCUAAAAUCUUGCUAUCAUUUGGUGAACAUGCCCGUGAGUUCUUUCCUGUGGAAAGCAUGCUGUAUUUGCUGCAGAACAUUACUGGUGGUCUAACUGCAGCUAAAGGUAGUCUUGAAGAGUCCUUCUCUAGAACUGUGUUGUCAAAAUUAGAUUUAUUUAUUGUUGCCAUGGUAAAUCCAGAUGGGAGACAUUAUGUUCAAGAGACUGGUAAUUACUGUUGGAGAGGUACAAGUACAGGGGUGGAUCUCAACCGGAACUUUGAUUGGCACUUUGGUGGCAAAGGAAGCUCGGGAAAUUCCAAAGAUGAGGAGUAUAGAGGAGUUCAUGCAUUCUCAGAACCUGAAUGCGCUGUGCUAACAGAACUGACAUCUACGUACUCAUUUGAUGCGUUUGUUUCAUUUCAUUCGGGAAUUCGUCAGAUUUAUGUACCAUUUGCAGAUUCAGUGUCAAAGAAGGAGAAAAAGCGACCUGUCAAUCAUAAAAAGCAGUUGGAGCUGGCUAAGAAAAUGGCCAAAGCAACAUCAUAUAGGUACACGCAUGGAAUUGCCUAUGAACUUAAUGAUUAUGAAGCUGAUGGUACGAUAUUUGAUUACAUGGCUGGCGUGAGACAGAUACCAUUUUCCUUUGCAAUAGAGCUAUGGGGAGAUGGAGAUCACAACGGUGCUAAAUGUUUUGAUCUUUUUAAUCCUAGAAAUGCUGAUCUCCAGAAAACACUGAAGGAAGUUCAGCCAAUAUACGAGGUGUUGUUUAAGUAUAUAAUUGAAUGGAAAGAAGAACAACUCAAAGGUUACUUUAGUUCAAUGGAUGAGCCUCCUGGGGGUCUAACUUUCCUGUAUGUACUACUUGGUGUUGUUGUUAUAGCAACUGUUAUUGUGGGUAUCAAUCACAGAUUGCCUCCGUACCUGCGUUUUUAUCACCGCAGACGAGUUGUCAGUCUUCGCUCUCUAAGUUCAACUUUCUCUGUAAUGAAAGUCACAUGA